CAACUGUCAGCAGGACGGACGAUACCGCACCAUUUCCGAGUGGAAAUUCGGUUCUUUAAGAAAAAGUAUUAAAGGCACGAUAAGUUUUGUUGUGCGCUAAAAAAAUGAAAAAAGCUUACCUAAAUAUUUUACUGGUGGUUUAUUUUCAGAGUUUGUGUUUAGCUUCGUCUUUCUCAAACCACAUUUUUUUCUAUCGAUCUACAACUGCCAAUGAGACAGGUAGUAUCUGCCUGUCAUGUCCACCAGGGACAUAUGUCGAAGAAGUAUGUACCUUUCCAAAAACAACGGGGCGAUGCCAGAUAUGUCCAGUGGGUUAUUUUCAACCCUUCUACACAGGUUCCACUUCCUGCAGCCCAUGUGUGACCGAAUGUCUCGACACACAUAUGGAAGAAAAUUCGAAUCCAUUCCCAGCUGUAUGCAAUUCGACAAGAAAUUUUUGUUUGUGCAAAAACCAAAGUUGUAUACUCAAUAGCAAAUGCCCGCCUGGAACAGAACCUGCUAUUCCAGCAACAAAUUCUCAACACACCACAUGCAGAAGCUGUCCAGAGGAGACGUAUUCGAACGUUUUUUCCAGAACAGAAAUGUGCAAACCUAUGACGAAAUGUAAACAAGAUGAAGUCGUCAUUAUUGAUGGAAAUAAGACUCGCGACAGUGUCUGUAUACCUCGCUAUCAAGAUACCGUGUACCUUUCCAACUUCAAAACAACGUCUCAGCCUUCACGUGUCAUUGUCACUAGAUUCAAUGAUACGGAGAUUUUGAACGCAGUUUUUAUAUGUACAGUUUGUAUGUCUGUUUUGAUAACCGGUAUAGCUGUAUUGACUGCUUGUAUGCUCAAAUACCGCCGUUUAAAACGAACAGAAUCUCCGGCAUUUCCGGAGGAAAAGCAGGAGUGUUUAAGUACUUGUGAAUCGGACUGCUUGGAAGAGGAUCGCAUUUGUUCUGACUCUCGCAUCUUACAUAAUGAUACAAAGAACAAGCAAUGUAGCGUCCGCAUUGAGAGGAAUGGCGAUCGUAUUUUUCCUGGCGUUUGUCUCGAUCGUUCUCCGGAGAAUAUUAGCGAUGAUAACAACGUUCAUUUAAAUGUAUUUUAUUUAGGAUCGUCACCAGAAUGUUUGCUACUCACUGAAGCUAAAGCAAUACCUACCACUCGUCCGUCACCGUUGUCGCUUGAAAAUGAAACGUCAUUUACUCUAGCUAAGUACAAUGAAUCUGAAGAAACUGUUCUAAUCACAGAUAACGAUGAACUAUUUGGAGAGGCGGAGACGUUUCAAUGUUCACAUCUACCAGCACAGAAGACAAUUUUGUCAACGGACUGGCAGUGGGGUGAACGCAUCACAAACCAAGGAUGCAGUCUACAGCUUCCAAAUUCAGAUAUCAUCACAACCUUCCCACCAGGGGUUCUUUCGGAUUGUGGCAGUUACGCGUAUUGUCAUAAAGCCGUCCAUAAUAAUAUUCUGCGUCUGGCUGCUGAACUGUGUUUACCAUUUGAUACCGUUAUCACAAGCCCUUCUCCCGAAUAUCAUAUGAAAACGACUCUUGCCAAAUUUGUCCAAGUAAACAUUCCACAUCGAAUGCGAAAAAACUAUAAGAACAUCGAAGUACUAAGUUUUUCAAAACAAGCUGGCAGUAAAGUGAAGUUAGUUGAAGUACCAAAGUACUACGACAGAUCCGAAGCUGAUGACAAACUUGAUAUGUUUUGUGUGAUCAAUUCUGAAUCAGUUGAUAUUCAUACCAAGCAUUUCUCAGGCUUCGUCUGCACUUUAUGCAAGAAGUACAUUGAAUACAAUCUCAGUGCAAGCAUUUACGGACGAAAAGGAUUAAUAGACAACCGUAUUGUGAUACUAGAUAUAUUACUGUACCUGAAAGGCGCAAAGUCAUCUAUUGCUGAUUUUGAGGCCAUCGUUGAAGAUAAAGUCGACGAAAGGUUUCACCACCUAGAAACAACACGAGUGAAACUUCUUACACAACAUGAACAACGGAAGGGAGGACAACUACAGUUCAAUUUCGGUUUGGUCAGCGAAUCAGUACAAACCUGGACCCACCGGAAAGCUGAAAAUGGAGACCAAUUUGUCGAUACCUUGGUGUUGGCUAAUCCAGAGGAUCUCAUGUUAGAAUGUGAAAAACAUAUCAUCUGCUGUCCCGGUACGAAAUGGUACCUUCAAAGACAGGGGAGGAUCAAGUCGAACUGUGACUUCUACGUUAAAAUUAUCCAUAAAGAAAAACCUCCAACAGCCCUGAGUACAUUACAUCAUAUCAACACUUACAUCCCAGCCUGCGAGGAUUUCUGUAUUUCUGGUGCUCUCUCUUUUGCUUCGGAGUCAGCAGGAGUUGUGAGUGUGGGUGCUGCUAGCAGCCAAGCUAGUCAGCUGCCAGUUCCUCCAUUUGGAACCCAUACCAGCAAUGUCAACACUGAAGAUGUAUACAGACAGAAUACUGCCACUAUCCCUGGAGCAAUCACAGACGUCGUACUGACACUGAACAGGCACCUAAGCCAACAAGAUAGCCUUCAACUCGUCAAGCACAUGGGGUGUCUUGGGCACAUUCCCCCAACAGAAGACAGGUAAAACAUGGGAGAAAACACUCGACAAACGUUUUUGAGUAUCAUUUGAAUGGCAAGAAAUUGGGGAAGAUGAGUGAU